AUGACCAACCGGCCAGUUGAACAAGCGUUGGGCAUACUGGUGCCAACUCAUGCCAAUGAUUUACCCCAAGAACUUCUUAGCUAUGCUAUGUCACUGGUUGCGCAGUCCCGAAGCUUCUCGGCCAGUUUGAAGCCAGAAGAGGAAAUCGCUCGUCCAUACGCAUGCGCGGAAAUUGCUUGCAGAAGGUCGGCAGAUGCCCUCAACUAA